UAUUAAAAACCGCCCGGCCGCCUGACGAAGCCUGGAAACCAAAACACACACGCGAGAACGAGAGACCAGCCAGCGACCGAUCCGAGCCGCGGCGCCUCGAUCUUCUUCCUCCUACCCGUUGUCAAUUCCCCUGUCUGCCCGAUCGAUCCAUCUGUCUGUAACCACCACCACCGAGGGGAAGGGAAGGGAAGGGGGAUGGCGGAGGCAACAGCGGCGGCGGGGUCGGAGGGGAAGAGGAGGGCGUCGUCGUCGACGCGGGCCGUGGGGCGGUACGAGCUGGGCAAGACCAUCGGGGAAGGCAGCUUCGCCAAGGUCAAGAUCGCGCGCGACACGCGCAGCGGGGCCGCAUGCGCCAUCAAGGUGCUCGACCGCAACCACGUCCUCCGCCACAAGAUGGUCGAGCAGAUUAAACGGGAGAUUGCCACAAUGAAGCUAAUAAAACAUCCAAAUGUGGUCCAGCUGCAUGAGGUUAUGGCAAGCAGAUCAAAGAUAUACAUGGUUCUUGAGUUUGUUGAUGGAGGCGAGCUAUUUGAUAAGAUCGUAAAUUCUGGGAGGCUAGGAGAAGAUGAAGCCCGAAGAUACUUCCAUCAACUUAUAAAUGCAGUGGAUUAUUGCCAUAGUCGAGGAGUGUACCAUAGAGAUCUGAAGCCAGAAAAUCUUCUCCUUGACUCGUAUGGAUCUCUUAAAGUUUCAGACUUUGGUCUCAGUGCAUUUGCACCACAAACAAAAGAGGAUGGACUUCUGCAUACUGCUUGUGGAACUCCAAAUUAUGUUGCACCUGAGGUGCUUAAUGAUAAAGGUUAUGAUGGUAUGGCUGCUGAUGUUUGGUCCUGUGGCAUAAUCUUAUUUGUCCUUAUGGCGGGGUAUCUGCCCUUUGAUGACCCCAACCUUAUGACUCUCUACAAAUUGAUCGCCAAAGCAAAUGUUUCGUGUCCACCAUGGUUUUCUUCCGGUGCGAGAAAUCUCAUUAAGCGCAUUCUUGAUCCCAAUCCUCAGACGAGGAUAACAAUUGCACAAAUUCUGGAAGAUGAAUGGUUCAAAAAGGACUAUAAACCAACAGAUUUUGAGCAAAAUGAAGAUGUGAGCCUUGAGGAUGUCGAUGCUGCCUUUAAUGGUUUAGAGGAACAUCUUGUCUCAGAGAAAAAAGAAAAACCAGAAUCCAUGAAUGCAUUUGCUCUUAUUUCAAGGUCUCAGGGAUUCAACCUUGGAAAUUUGUUUGAGAAAGAGAUGAUGGGAAUGGCAAAACGGGAAACAUCCUUCACCUCUCAACGUACACCACAAGAGAUCAUGUCUAAAAUAGAGGAAGCUUGUGGGCCUCUUGGUUUCAAUGUGCGGAAACAAAAUUAUAAGAUGAAAUUGAAAGGCGACAAGACUGGACGAAAAGGCCAUUUAUCUGUGGCAACAGAGGUUUUUGAGGUUGCUCCAUCACUGCAUAUGGUCGAGCUUCGUAAAACUGGAGGGGACACCUUGGAGUUCCACAAUUUCUACCAGAGUUUCUCAUCAGAAUUAAAAGACAUAGUGUGGAAAUCUGAAUCUGACACAAGACGAUGAUACCACAGAGAACAAGGACUGUCAUCUGGUGCCAUGUCGCUGGACCAUCUUCAGAUGAUAACGCUGGGGAACUGUAUAUUUAGGUGGCACCACAUUGAUGAGUCCAUCUCUUGUAAUAGACGGCGCCUUUCUUUUUACCGAGCGCGAUUGUACACAUACAUGUACGAAGAGGCCCUCCGGGAGAUGCUCCUUGUAUCGCAAUGGGAUGCCUAGAAGGUAGGCAUUCCUGAAUGCUUUUGGUUGCCGCCAGGGUUGUGUGCCUUUAAUUUUGGUACUGAAAUUAUGUAAGAAAGAUGAAUUAUGGUAGAUAUAUUGAAAGUAGCCGCUGGAUUCGCAGGGCAACUUUGGUAGCGUAAUGCGGUAAGCAACUUAACAUGUUGUAGGUCUGAAUUAUGGAACGUGCCAUGUCCAUGUGCCUGCAGGGAUUAUAUCUCAGAAACAUAACUCUGACCACUAAACACUCGGUUUGUCUCUCACUCAACACUCGAAGGCCCCCGUCUCGAUAUAAGGCAGAAGAGCAGCGAGAGUUUCAAGCCACCAGCCCAACUAGCCUUCUUCUCGUGCAGAUUGAUUUGUUUUCUUUUUGUUUUUUUUCGAGGGGUAUAUCUAUUUGAUGUCGUUGUCAUCA